UUGUUCUUUUUCUCAGUUUUCCACAUCUUGCGAUCUCCGUCUCUCUUUAAACCUAUCUUCCUAUCCACAACUGACGACUACUUUUAUUACGUAAUUUUAUUAUUAUUAUAUUCAGUUAACAUAAGCCUACCGAAAAACUCUUUAUUUUUUUUCCUGUAGAGAAAUUGUAGCUUCAGAAGCAAAAUGGGUACUGGUUCAUCGAAGAACACAGACAGUAGCUCACAUGGCAGCGAAGAUAGAGAAGAUCAUGGAGGAGGACAGCUUUACGUUUCUCUCAAAAUGGAGAAUUAUAAGCUUAAAGGAGAACUUAUUCCUCAUGUUUUUGGCUCCGUUCCAUUGAUUGGCUCAUGGGAUUCGUCUAAGGCUCUUCCCAUGGAACGGGAAUCAACUUCUAUGUGGGAGCUGAGUUUCGUUGUUCCUCCUAAUCACGAGACAUUGGACUUUAAGUUCCUUUUGAAGCCAAAGUACAAUCAUGAACCUUAUAUAGUGGAGGAAGGUCCAAACCGUGUACUUAUUGCUGGAACGUUACAAGGGGAUGGGCGUUCAGCCUCGUUUAUGCUGGAAAAGGAAGAUAUUAUUGAAUAUAGAGUAUUCGUUAAAGCAGACAGGGUUUCACCAUUUGACCUUGCGGCUAGUUGGAGAGCCUUUCAGGAAAAUCGCAGGCUUUCUACUGUUCGAGGAGUACCAGAUGUUAGCAUAAAUUCGACACCAGCAAUGGGUGCAGAGCAUGGCUCUUCAGCAAGUCUAGAGCUUGAUCUUGAACAUUAUGUUGUCCCCGCUCCAGCAACAUCUGCACCGGUUUAUGCUGCUAACUUGACAGAAACUCCUAGGUCUCUAACACGUAAAGGGGUAUUUUCUGGGACAGAUGGCACUAUCAUUCCAAGGCCUUCCUCAAAAGAUGGUCACACUUCAAAUGAUCGGUCUGCUUCAAUAAAGCAGAUGGAAGUAAUUGUUCCGGAUCCAACUAGAGUCCCCUCAGGAUCUGGUACGGUUGAAUCCAAGUCCAUGGGUGCGUUCUCGUCUUUGCAAAAGCAAGAUAGUUACAGGGGAAUCCUUGUAGAUAGGGGUGUGGGAUCUCCAAGACUAGCCAAAUCACCCAGUACAACCACUUUUACACUUGAUCUCAAGCCUGAUUCAGAUGCCAAGAAUGUGAUGCCAGCUGCUGCAGGAGCAGUUGCAGCUGGAGCUGUAGCUGAUCAGAUGCUUGGGCCAAAGGAAGACAUGCAUCUAGCAAUUGUUCUGGUUGGCUUGCCAGCUCGUGGAAAAACUUUUACUGCCGCUAAGCUUACUAGGUAUCUUCGAUGGUUAGGUCAUGACACCAAGCACUUCAAUGUUGGGAAGUACCGCCGACUCAAGCACGGAAGUAAUCAGACUGCUGAUUUCUUCCGAGCUGACAAUCCAGAAGGCUUGGAGGCUCGCAAUGAGGUAGCUGCCCUUGCAAUGGAAGACAUGAUCGCUUGGAUGCAAGAGGGUGGUCAGGUAGGAAUUUUCGAUGCUACAAAUAGCUCAAGGAAAAGAAGGAAUAUGCUUAUGCAGAUGGCUGAGGGAAAAUGCAAGAUAAUUUUCUUGGAAACCCUCUGUAAUGAUCCUAAACUAAUUGAAAGAAACAUACGCCUCAAAGUUCAACAAAGUCCAGACUAUGCUGAAGAGCCAGAUUUUGAAGCUGGAUACAGGGACUUCAAGAAUCGCCUUGAUAAUUAUGAAAAAGUUUAUGAGCCAGUAGAGGAAGGUUCUUAUAUUAAAAUGAUUGAUAUGGUCAGUGGUCAUGGAGGACAAAUACAAGUAAAUAAUAUUAGUGGCUAUCUUCCUGGGAGGAUUGUCUUCUUUUUGGUCAACACACAUCUCACACCCCGUCCAAUUUUGCUAACAAGGCAUGGAGAGAGUUUGUACAAUGUUAGAGGCAGAAUUGGUGGUGACACUGCGAUAAGUGAAACUGGGGAGCUCUAUGCAAAGAAGCUUGCCAAUUUUGUUGAAAAACGACUGAAAAAUGAAAAGGCCGCUUCUAUAUGGACCAGCACAUUGCAAAGAACUAUUUUGACAGCUAGUCCAAUUGCUGGGUUUCCCAAGAUACAAUGGCGAGCCCUUGAUGAAAUAAAUGCUGGUGUUUGUGACGGGAUGACUUAUGAAGAAAUAAAGAAAAAUAUGCCCGAAGAAUACGAGAACAGUCAGCAAAUGAACACAUACUGAAGGGAAAAUAUGCCUCAUCAGCUACAGAAAAGUGAUACUACUAAGACAGAGAAUUGACCAGAGUUUGUUUGGUGUCUAAUUAACGAGCUUAAUUUGAUUAGUUGCCCCAGUGGUAUAGUUCUUUCUUUUUUCAGUAUCUAUCUGUAAGUCAGUUGCCAGAUAAAAAAUCUGAGAAGAUCUAAAGGCAUUUAUUCUAGCUGAUAAGGAUUUGAAUCAAUGGGUGUUGAAAAUCAACUGGAUUGAACUGCUUUGAAAUGUAGUUAGAGUUGAAAAAGGUAUUCCGUGAUGGCAAGACCAUCACCUUUCCUAGUUUGGGAGUAAUUCGUUGAAAACUGAUGAAAGACUCAUGUAUGGAGUAAAGACAUCUCCAUGGAAAUCAUAGGAUUUUUCUGCUUCAUUAUUUUCUAACUGUCUGUGUUAUUUACUCUUUCUCUUCGCAUGUUUUCAUAGCAGUGUGUUGCUUACUUGUGAGAAGAAAUGAAUCCACCAUUCUCCUGUAGUGAAUACACUAAUGAACAACUUUCUAUUCUUCUUUUAAAAUAAUCAAUUGGUUAGUGUCAAAUUGCUUGUUACUUAUUUAUACUUACA